UUCAUGAUUCACUUCGGGGACGAUCUAAAGACCAUUGAUACUCUGUGUUAACACGACCAGCUCUCUCUCAGUCUCCGCAGCCCUCCUCCGAUGUUGCAAUAAGCUCAGCGUGACACUAAGUCCUCCGGGGCACUUUGGUCUUUUACGAACAGCGACCUGCUCGUUCCUGAACGAGAUCAACCUUCUACUUCCCUCUCCUGCCGCUUCCCAGAAAACACAAUGUCGACGCUCAAAUACCGGCACUUGGGCCGCGACUCGGCUCACCGCCGCGCCCUCCUCCGCAACCUCGUCACCUCGCUGAUCGCCAACGAGUCCAUCUCCACAAGCUGGCACAAAGCCAAAGAAGCCCAACGGCUGGCCGAGAAACUCAUCACGCUGGGCAAGAAGAACACGGGCGCCGCACGGGAACGGGCAAAGACCAUCUUCUUCGAGCCCGAGAGAGAAGGGCACAUGGACAAAUUAUUCGGCGAGUUGCGGUUACGCUAUGCGAGCCGCCCGGGAGGCUACACGCGAGUGUUGAGGCAGGAACCGAUACGGGAGGAUCAAGCGCCCUCGGCGAUUCUCUCUCUGGUGGACGGCCCGCGGGAUAUGCGGUUCAGCAUGACCGCCAAAGCGCUCGUGCGCCAGCGGAGAGAGAACCUCGACAUGUCCGAGAUGAUGGCAGCGAAUAUCCGCAAGGUGACGAGGUUCCGGCUUGACGGGGAGAAGGCGCUGGAAGAAGAAGUGGGCAGACUAGAGAAGGAUCAGGGGGAGCAAAGAGAAAAAGAGCGGAAGGAAUUUGAAGAGGAUGGGACCGUGUAUGAGUGGGCGAGGGGGGAGAAGGACCGCCCGAGCGAGAUCAAGGGGAAGGAGAAGAAGGGCCCGGGACGGCUGAGAAGGCAGAGGGUCGGUGAGGACAAGGCUAUUCCUUGAUACAGUUCUCCAUGAACUCUGUGUGAAAAGGACUUCUCUGAUCUGUAUUACCAUCAACGCGCCAGGGCCUCGCGGGUUUGCCCUCAGACGUUUACCAAGCAAUGGUUAGCCUUGUAUCUUGUAUAGUGUAUUGUGCUGGAAUCCAAAAGCGCAACAGACGUUGCAAACAAUCUGUAUGCCACCAAAUCCACCGGUGCCAGGGGGUAUCAAG